UCAAGGUGCAACACCGUUUCUUAGACCUGUGAUUUAGAAAUCACCAUGACCGCUGUGUGUUGAUAGAUGUAUAUAUAAGGAGAGUUGAAGUAGGAAAACAACAGUUUACACUGUAUACUUAAGACAAGCGGACUUAAGACAAUUCGAGGAGUUCUGGAUUGAUUAUUUUUAAAACAAAAGCACGUUAUACGUUAUAAGUUAAAAUGGAUAUUCGAGUGUAUAGCAUCAUGUUUGCAUCUGUGCUUGCAUUAAUUCUUGUCAGCAGUGAGAACAUACAAUGCCCCCAGUGUAUGCACAUGGACCACACGUUCACUAACAUGCCAUCUGUGUACGAGAGCAUUAUCGGCGGACUGCUUGCCUCCCUCAACCUCUCUAACCCCGAGUGCCAGUAUAACACCCUGCUGCCCGACCCCUGUCCCGCCCCCGGGGCCGGUAACCGCUCCAAGUGUGAGACCUUCGUCUUCAAGGCGAUAGGGGUCGGUUUCUCAACCAUCCUACCGACCGCUGGUAUGGCUGUGAAUGUCGUGUCACGGAGCUGCGCAGAGCGUCCGGUGGCGGAGGCGGACACGUGCAUGGAUGUGAAAGACAUGAGUGCCUCCAAUCCUGAACUUGGGGCCGUCCUCGCUCGGAUGACAUCGCGCCUCAACACUGUCAACUACACCGGGGAGCAGUGCUUUACAAGCGCCAAUGGUUCAGAAACGGCGGCAAGCACCACCGCUGUUCCUGUUGCCACAAGCACCACCACCGCCCCUAAUAUACAGCGGUGACAAUGUCGACCGAUGCUCAAGGUUGCUCUGAGUGCUUCCAUAUCGGCAUGCAGACCAAGAACAUGCCGCAUUAGCCACGCAAAUGAUGACAACCAUACUGAAAUCCAUGAACCUAACAAACCGCGCAUGUGCGAACAACACUGUCCCGCCCAGCACCUGUUUGGCCGCCUUCCCCGGCACAAUCAACAAAUGCCACGACGUCGCGUACAGCGUCCACGCCGUUGGAAUGACAGGCGUCAUACCAGAUGCGGAGAUACACAUGGACGUGAUAGUGCGUGCAUGCGUGGCGGUACCUGUGACAGAGGCCGCGGACGGCUGCUCUCCCGUACCGAAGGCCUUUGACGCAGCCUCCAUGGCGCAAGUGAUGACCAGCAUCAAGCAGAUGUCCGACAUGUUUGACAAGGUCACGCACAAUGGUACUUCCUGUUUGUAUCCAGUGGGCUCCAAAGCUCCAACUGUGAAACCAACUCCAAUCCCAACCACAACCCCAAUCCCAACCACAACCCCAAUCCCAACCACAACCCCAAUCACAACCACAAACACAAUCACAACCACAACCCCAAUCCCAACCCCAACCCCAAUCCCAACCACAACCACGAUCACAACCACAACCCCAAUCCCAAUCACAACCCCAAUCCCAACCCCAACCCCAAUCCCAACCCCAACCCCAAUCCCAACCACAACCACGAUCACAACCACAACCCCAAUCCCAACCACAACCCCAAUCCCAACCACAACCCCAAUCCCAACCACAACCACAAUCCCAACCACAACCCCAAUCCCAACCACAACCCCAACCACAACCCCAAUCCCAACCACAACCACAAUCCCAACCACAACCCCAAUCCCAACCACAACCACAAUCCCAACCACAACCCCAAUCCCAACCACAACCCCAAUCACAACCACAACCCCAAUCACAACCACAACCCCAAUCACAACCCCAAUCCCAACCACAAUCACGAUCACAACCACAAUCACGAUCCCAACCACAACUCCAAUCCCAACCACAACCCCAAUCCCAACCACAACCCCAAUCCCAACCACAACCCCAAUCACAACCACAACCCCAAUCACAACCCCAAUCCCAACCACAAUCACGAUCAAAACCACAAUCACGAUCCCAACCACAACUCCAAUCCCAACCACAACUCCAAUCCCAACCACAACCCCAAUCCCAACCACAAACCCAAUCCCAAACCCAACCCCAAUCCCAACCACAAUCACGAUCAAAACCACAAUCACGAUCCCAACCACAACUCCAAUCCCAACCACAACUCCAAUCCCAACCACAACCCCAAUCCCAACCACAAACCCAAUCCCAAACCCAACCCCAAUCCCAACCACAACCACAAUCCCAACCACAACCACGAUCACAACCACAACCACGAUCACAAACCCAACUCCAAUCCCAACCACAACCCCAAUCUCAACCACAACCACGAUCACAACCACGAUCACAACCACAACUCCAAUCCCAACCACAACUCCAAUCCCAACCACAACCCCAAUCCCAACCACAACUCCAAUCCCAACCACAACCACGAUCACAACCACAACAACGAUCCCAACCACAACCACUAUCACAACCACAACUCCAAUCCCAACCACAACCUCAAUCCAAACCACAACCACGAUCACAACCACAACCACGAUCCCAAUCACAACCACGAUCCCAACCACAACCCCAAUCCCAACCACAACCACGAUCACAACCACAACCACGAUCCCAACCACAACCACUAUCACAACCACAACUCCAAUCCCAACCACAACCUCAAUCCCAACCACAACCACGAUCACAACCACAACCACGAUCCCAAUCACAACCACGAUCCCAACCACAACCCCAAUCCCAACCACAACCACGAUCACAACCACAACCACGAUCCCAACCACAACCACGAUCACAACCACAACCCCAAUCCCAACAACAACCCAAAUCCCAACCAAAACUCCAAUCCCAACCACAACUCCAAUCCCAACCACAACUCCAAUCCCAACCACAACUCCAAUCCCAACCAAAACUCCAAUCCCAGCCACAACUCCAAUCCCAACCACAACUCCAAUCCCAGCCACAACUCCAAUCCCAACCACAAACCCAAUCCCAACCAUAACCCCAAUCCCAACAACAACCCCAAUCCCAACCAAAACUCCAAUCCUAACCACAACUCCAAUCCCAGCCACAACUCCAAUCCCAACCACAACUCCAAUCCCAACCACAACCCCAAUCCCAACCACAACCCCAAUCCCAACAACAACCCCAAUCCCAACCAAAACUCCAAUCCCAACCACAACUCCAAUCCCAACCACAACUCCAAUCCCAACCACAACUCCAAUCCCAACCACAACCCCAAUCCCAACCACAACCACGAUCCCAACCACAACCACGAUCCCAACCACGAUCACAACCAAGGCCAUUCCUACUGAACAGACGACUGAUGGUCAAAUUAAAAAGAUCAAUGGUACAUCCGAGCGAAGUGGUUCAUCUCAAAUAAGUUUAUCGUUCGUGUGUUUGAUGUUAAUGUACAUUUUACAUUUGUGAUAUAACCAUUGUUACAUAUUCCCAUCAUCAUUUACAUUGUGAUUAAUUGCAUAAUGGUUGCUAUUUUGUUAUUUACAUUCCAUUAUUUUGUAAUUGCCGUGGCAGGAUGUUUAUAAUUGUUUUUGUUUUUUGUGCUCAAAAUUAUAAAAUAAACAACAAAUAUUUUCA